GUGUUUCCGGGCUUCCCCCCUUUACAGGUUGGGGGUUACUAGCGGGCAUUGACACUGCGUGGCUGGUCGUUGCAGUGUCGGACUCGGCGGCGUGUGGAGUGAAGAGAGGCAAGGUUUAAACCAAUCCAAAAAUACAGGAACUGCCAAACGACCUGAAGAAUUACCAAAGUAGGAUCCCUUUGCCUGCUCCUGGCUUAUAAAACGGUGGUGUAGCUUUCACUUUAGCGUCUUUUCUCUUUCCUGAUCACGUCACACUCCAGCAUUGCUUUAGUUGUACUGCACUUCUGCAACUUCUGGAAGCUGAGCCAAGAAGCGUAGUCAGUUGACAUUGAGAGACAUUCAGUGGAUUCUAGAAAGCUUCUUGCCUCUGGGAUUCCUAAAACUUGGAGGAGAAACAAAUCCAUCAUGAACCUUAAACAAGAGGUGCCCCACAUUUUCUUGCUUCCUGUCUACUUGCUGAUGUGGUUAUACACAGUGCUCACCUUUGUCCCAUGGUAUUUCCUCUCUGAUGCAAAGAAUAAAAAGGCCAUGGCAAAACGAAUCAAGGCAAAGCCCAUAUCUGAAAAACCCGGCAGUCCAUUCCGCUCCGCCGACCACUUCGACUCCCUUGCCAGAGUGGACUUCCCUGGGCUGGAUACACUGGACAAACUCUUUGAAGCAGCUGUAAAGAAGUUCCGGAAGAACAAUUGUUUGGGUACGCGGGAGAUGUUGAGUGAAGAAAACGAAGUUCAGACCAACGGCAAAGUGUUUAAGAAGCUAAUUCUUGGGGAAUAUAAAUGGCUAACCUAUGAGGAAGUCAGUCACCAUGUAGAUGCCUUUGGCAGUGGUCUCACUGCAUUGGGACUGAAGGCAAAGGAUAUGAUUGGCAUCUUCUGUGAAACCAGGGCUGAAUGGAUGAUUGCAGCUCAAGCUUGCUUCAAGUAUAAUUUUCCACUUGUGACGAUUUAUGCUACCCUUGGAGAAGAUGCUGUAGCUUAUGGACUAAAUGAAUCUGAUGUAACUCAUCUUAUCACAAGUGCAGAACUCCUUGACUCAAAGUUGAAGAAUGUACUACCAAAAAUUCAGAAUCUGAAGCAUGUCAUUUAUGUGGACAAAAAGACCGUAAAUACUUCAGGAUACCCAGAGACCCUUCAGAUUCACAGUAUGACUUCCGUGGAAGAGCUUGGAGCCAAGCCAGAGAUAUUGGACACAACACCUUCCCAGCCUGUCCCAUCAGACCUAGCAGUUGUCAUGUAUACGAGUGGAUCUACGGGUCGACCGAAGGGAGUGAUGAUGUUGCACAGUAACUUAAUAGCGGGAAUGACAGGCCAGUGUCAAAGGAUACCUGAGCUGGGACCCAAAGAUACGUACAUUGGAUAUCUGCCAUUGGCUCAUGUGCUGGAACUCACUGCAGAAAUCUCCUGUGUUGCUUAUGGCUGUCGAAUCGGUUACUCAUCCCCCCAAACGUUGUCCGACCAGUCAACCCGGAUCAAAAAGGGCAGUAAAGGGGAUUGUACAGUCCUGAAGCCAACACUGAUGGCAGCAGUCCCAGAAAUUAUGGACCGAAUUUAUAAGAACCUCAUGAGCAAGGUGCAGGAAAUGAACUACUUGCAGAGAACCAUGUUCAAGCUCUGUUAUGAUUACAAGCUGGAACAGAUCAAAAGGGGUUACGAUGCACCUCUUUGCAACCUGUUAUUAUUUAAAAAAGUGAAGGCGCUAUUGGGAGGAAAUGUUCGAAUGAUGCUGUCUGGAGGUGCACCUCUUUCCCCACAGACACAGAGGUUUAUGAAUGUGUGUUUCUGCUGUCCAGUAGGUCAAGGCUAUGGCUUGACAGAAACGUGUGGGGCUGGUACCAUCACUGAAGUAUCGGACUACAGCACGGGCAGAGUUGGAGCUCCACUUAUCUGCUGCGAAAUCAAGCUUGGCAACUGGGAAGAAGGGGGAUAUACCAAUCGUGACCAGCCAAAUCCAAGAGGAGAAAUUCUGAUUGGCGGGCCGAACGUGGCAGUGGGGUACUUCAAAGGAAAUGCAUCCAAUGAUGACUUUUUUGAGGACAGCAAUGGUCAGCGUUGGUUUUGCACGGGGGAUGUUGGCGAAUUCCACCCGGACGGUUGUCUACAGAUCAUUGAUCGAAAGAAAGACUUAGUAAAGCUACAAGCUGGAGAAUAUGUGUCUUUGGGCAAAGUUGAGUCUGCCCUGAAAAGCUGCUCACUCAUUGAUAAUAUAUGUGCAUACGCAAACAGUGAGCAGUCCUAUGUGAUCAGUUUUGUGGUGCCCAAUCAGAAGAAGCUGACUGCUCUCGCUGAGCAGAAGCAAAUUCAGGGAACCUGGGAGGAAAUUUGCAACGACAGCAAGAUGGAGGCGGAGGUACUACGGGAGAUUAAAGAGGCAUCAGCGUCCAGUAAACUGCAGAAGUUUGAAGUCCCCAUCAAGGUGCGUUUGAGCCCAGAGCCAUGGACACCAGAAACGGGGCUGGUAACGGAUGCCUUCAAGCUCAAGCGGAAGGAACUGAAGAACCACUACCUCAAUGACAUUGAGAGGAUGUACGGAGGGAAAUAGACCCUUCAAACCCCUGGAUGAUAUUUUCCUGGUGCCUGCUGCAUAGUGUACCUAUAAAUUAAAAGUCCGUGAAUGAGUGACUCACUUUAAACAUGAAUUAAUGAACCAAAAGAAGAAUGUUCUACUUCAUGGUUAUUCUCCAAUGUACUCAGUCUUACCUGAGAAGAAUCAAAUUUAUAUGUAAGAUUGUACCAUCUACCUGCCUUCUGCUAGUGACCAUUGUCCUUUUGCAUGUUGGCUUUCUGAACUUUUUUACCCCACUUUUGUCAUUAAAUAAGGACCACUGGAUAUAUUGGUAUGUACAAGGGGUAGAGGCAAGGAUUGAGUUUAUCAUUGGUGUAAGCAAUCAUUCUUUGUUAAAACAAGACCUCUUAAAAGAAAAAAAAAGGAUACUUCCACUCACCUUGAUCUUCAAGUCCCCUAGUCAGGUAAUGUCACCGCAGUUUUUUGUUGAUGCGACGUUUGCACUAUAACUAUUUUGUAUUUGUAUUAAACGUUACAGGAAAAAUAUCCCAAAAACAUAGUUGUUGCUAUUCAUAGCAGUCUACUUUGUUUAAUGCCUUGAUCAGAGGCAGAUCUCACUUUUAUAUAAAAAAAAAACCGGGGACCCAGAUAUAUUUAUUGGCAAAUAGUGUCUUUAUGAUUAUUCUGGUUAAGUAGUUUAUAAUCCUGCAAUCACUGACCUCCCACUUCAUCUGGCAGAUUGUUCUUCAACUGCUGCGAUAUCUUCCUGUCCUUUUGCAUCAGAAGAAUCCUUCUGGCCUUCAGAAAGCAUGGUAUGACCGUUCUGGGACAUAGUAUGUUGAAUACACAAGUGACAUUCCAACGAACAUGGUGCUGAGCAAUCCCUGAGUUCACAGUGCAUUGCCUAAAGUCCAAACUUUGUUCAGGAAAUGUUACUUGAACCACAAUUGUUUGUUUUAUAAAUGUACUUUGCACCAAUUCACCACAAAAUGAAUUGCUGCAAAGCCUGUUUUAUGGGGAAAAAAAACAAAUUUUUAUAAAUGUUUCGUACCAAUUCACUUAGUGAUGAAUUAUUAGAAAAUAUUAGUUGGGAGCUGGUGGACAGAGAAAACUGCAUAUACACUAGUUUUGUGUGUGUGUGUCCGUCCAUGUCCUUUUGCACAUAACCUGCUUCCGCCUCACAUAGCCUACUCUCCCAACCUCAGUUCCCACUCAAAGAUGCUACAAGCAGUACACAGGUCAGCAGAUGACAUGCUUAGAGCAUUAUCCAAGAGCGAGCCCACCACUUAAGGAGAAGAGAGGAAAGCCCCCCCCCCCCCCCGGUAGUUAACCCAUUUCAUUAUAUGGUUCAAUUAUCUCUAAUAAUAUGAAAGUGACACUUGUGAAAAUGAAUCUUCACUGUUGUAUCUGACUGGCUUCUUAGCGACUUGAUUUGGCAGCUGGAACUUCCCCAAAGCCCUACUGUGCUGUGAACUUUGCCCCAUUUGUUCCCGUCCAUGUGGGACCUAGUAUUGAGGAUUUCUAGUCCUCUCUUGGUCCAAACAAAUAUGAACUAAUCACAUGUCAUUAGCAGGAGCACUGCAUUGGUUCAGUAGCCAAAGAUACUCUGUGUUUGUUAAUUCUGGGGAAUGACAAUUGAGCACAACUGCCAGUGAUUUUCCUGUGAUAGAUUUGUGAAGAAGGUUAUGGAAAAGAGGAAAAGCCUGAAUGCAAAAUGGGUUUUAUCAGUUCCAUAAGACAUGUGUUUUACAAACAUUCUCUCUGCUUUCUGACUUUGCACGGCAUUUCUGAAGCCUACUGCCAGUACAUGAUCUUGUGGUUGAGACUCUUGUAUAUAAUUCUCUGUUUGUGUUAAAGCUUGUUCAUUAGCAGCAGGUUUUCAUUGAGGCUAUUCCAGAGACAAUUCAUGCCAAAAAUGAAGUAUUUGGCUUCCAUUUAAUGGGCCACAUUGGUGAGUUGCAUUUAUAAGCUUUUUAGCCACUAAUUCCAAUUGAGUCCACCAUAAACUUUGUCCAUUGAGUAUCAGUUUGUUCAUCAGUGAAUGUAGCACUUAACAGCCCCCCCCCCACUUUUAAGAAUAUUAUAGUGAGUAGUAGAUGUAAAACAUUUAAUGAAAUAUUAAUGUUAAUGAUCGCACAUUGGAAUAAAACCGGUCAGGGACUAGCAUAAUCAACAGGACUUUAAUGUUUUUUUUAAAUAUAUUUUGAGGUUAAAAAGUAAAGUAUUUGAGGGUGUAUCUUUCUGAAAGACAAUUCUUUAGAACUGCUUUCUAAACAUCCUUUAUAUACAGUCUACUUCAAAAGUAUUUGUGGUGAAUCAUUUACUGUAAACUGCUGUACAUGUGAAUAGUCCUUUAUUUAAUGUCUGUAAAUGGGAGGAUGAGGUAGACAGUUCAUUGUGAUGUUGUAGUGAACGUUUUGAGGUUUCUGGUUUUAAGCUGCUCCUUGUGUUGCAUUUUCACACUGGCUGUUACAUCACAUGAGAAUCUUUGGGUUGAGAAGCAAAAUAAGUCGUCGGUUUUUGAAUGUUGUUCAGUGGUCCCUGCAGCAAGUGCUGUUCCAGGCAAGGGCGGCUGCGAUCUCAGCUGUGACAGUUUCCCCAGCGGUUAUAUUGACGGUUGAUCCUGAGGGUGUGUUGCCAGAACAAUAACACCAUACCUCAGCCUUCAUCACCACCUCUGGCAAAGAGUCAAGAGGCCAAAGAUGAUAUCAGGUUGAGUGAUGUCCUCAAAUAGGCUGUGAUCUAUGAAGCUAUUUGAUAGUAUUGAAACAUCAAUUCACUGGAAACUCACCAUAUUCUGUUCCUAUGAGUUAUGAUUGGUCUUAAUGUUUCCAGAGAGGAAAGAAAAAUCUUCUCCUGGUUGGCUUUUAGACCAUAAAAUACCAUUUUCCAGUGGAUAAUUCCCAAAUAUUUGAUGGGAUGAAAUGCUACUGUUACAUUAUCUGUUUCUUAAAAACAAAAAAAACACAGCAGAUUGUUGGUACAGAUGGUGCAGGCGGUGAUUUCAAAUUAACAGGAGACUGCUGACUCCAUUUCUAGACUGUACUUGAAGCUAUCUUUGCAUUGCAUCAGCACUUUCAUCACUGAUAUUUAAUGGAGCUAUUCCAUUCUUCAGCUUCUUUCAGACUGCAGUUUUUGUGGGAGACCUAUUUAGGAAGAAUGUCCUUUAUUUAUAUAGCAUCCCUUUUCUAUAACUAUUAUGGAACUCACUCGAUCUCCAACUUAUUGCCCCUGUUCCCAUGUUUUUCCAAGUCCACCAGGAUUGGGAGGGAUUGUGAGGAAGAGAUUUGUGCUGCUUGGAAGAAACUCCUGCAGAAAACAACUGAUUGAAUUGAAAUAAGACAAUGGGGUUUGACGGUUUUGGGCCACAGCCUCUUGGAAAAAUAACAAGUUGCAGAGGGGCUUCUGGUGUUUGCAGUGAAAUCUAAUCAACGGGAACAGCAAGCGCUAUGGUCGAGCAGCUGGUACUGCCCACUUGCAGCCACAACCCAGGUUCAGACCUGACCUUGUGCGCUGCCUGUGUGGAGUUGGCAAGUUCCCUGUGCACCACUGCAUCCCAGAGAUGCUCUGAUUCGUAGGUUAAUUGGCUCUGGCAAACACUCCUAGUGUAGAUUGGUGGUAGAAUUGGAGGGGAAUGGAUGGUUUCUAAAAGAAAACUUGUUACAGGGAAGUAAAUUCAUGGGUUAAACUCUGAGUUGAAUGCCCUCCUGUGUCAUAAGAAAUGUUAAAAUGGAUUUGAUGAUUCAGAGGUAACCUUUACUCCAUUUGUAAUAUAUUUAAGGCCAAAAUCUUGCCUGUGGAAAUGUUUCAUCACUGUUUGUUUGAGCAAUUUUACCAGUGAAGUAGUCAUGCUUUAGCAUGCUAUAAAACUCACUCUAUUACUAUCUUACUGCGUGCUGAAGUUUUGUAAAAUAUCAUAUGAAUCUCUAUUUAUUAUGAUCAAACAUUUUGAUUGCUGAUGUCCAUUUCUCUUUUGUAUUACACCCAACUGCUACCAGUUCUUGAAAUGUUUCUGUGCAAUUUAAGGUUGAACCUUCUCCACCCAUGGAUCUGUGUAAAUAAAACCAAUUUCUUGGCACAAUUGCUGGGAGUUACUGUUUUCGUUUUAUACCAAGUUUAUGUUUGAAACACUCAUUAUAGAAUGAGUUUGCCAUUCUUGCUGUAGAAUAGGCCUGUAUUAAAGGUGUCUCUCUCCAAGACAGAACGAGGUUGUAUUUUUCUUUAAAUUAAGCAAGUCCUUUG